UAGAUUAGGGACUAGUCUGAUGUUACUCUCUCUCAUCACGGACACACAAUGAGAUCCGAUUGUUCCUAGCCUCCUAUUUUUUUCACCGCAUAAAAAUCCCAAAAAGAAAAAAAAGGAAAAAACAAUUUCUUUCUUUCUUACUAAAAUUAGUAAAAUGCGUAUAAUAGUAGAGGUGUUUUGCUCUUAAUUAGGAUUAUUAAGAGAGGAUUGAUGGCAGUAAUUGAUGCUUAACUCUACAAUCUUGGUUGGAGAUCUCUCGCAUGGACCCGAUCUUGACCUUCAAUGGCUCUGCAAACCCCUCGCAUUUCCUUCUUCCCAUUUAUUUCGCUUUUGGUUUCUUCCUUGCUCGGUUCAUAUUAGACAGAUUCAUUUUUCGAAAGCUGGCCAUUUGGUUGUUGUAUAGUAAAGCCAAAGCUAUUUCAUCAAGGAUUGAUGAGGCAACGAUUGUAAAAUGCUCAGAGUCUAUGUGGAAGCUGACAUACUAUGCUACUGUUGAAAUAUGUGUUCUAAAAAUUACCUGCAACGAACCAUGGUUCAGAGAUACAAAAGAGUACUUCAGAGGCUGGCCACAUCAAGAAUUGGGGUUUCCAAUAAUGCUUUUCUACAUGUGCCAAUGUGGAUUCUACAUAUACAGUAUUGCUGCCCUCCUUAUUUGGGAAACUAGAAGGAAAGAUUUUUCUGUGAUGAUGUCUCAUCAUGUAAUUACAGUUAUACUGAUUGGAUACUCAUACAGUACAAGUUUUUUCCGGAUAGGAACGAUUAUCUGCGCUGUGCAUGAUGCAAGUGAUGUAUUCUUAGAAGCUGCUAAAGUUUUCAAAUAUUCUGGCAAGGAGCUUAGUGCAAGCAUUUUAUUUGGGCUGUUUGCCAUCUCAUGGGUCAUACUACGACUAGUAUUCUUUCCCUUUUGGAUUAUCAAAGCAACAAGCUAUGAAUUGGUGGAGUUUUUGGAUUUAUCACUAGCCUACGACAAAUUACUGUACUAUGUCUUCAAUACAAUGCUGCUGAUGUUACUUGUUUUCCACAUCUACUGGUGGAUCCUGAUAUACUCAAUGAUAAUGAGACAGCUGAGAAACAGAGGAAGAGUAGGAGAAGAUAUAAGAUCUGAUUCAGAAGAUGAUGAAUAGGUGGGGAUGAAUUUGAUCAACUCUUUUGUUCUCACCCGUGGCACUGAGGAGAUUAGCUUGACUUAUAUGUAGGUUUGUAUCUUCACUCAAUUGGUUUUUACCAAUCAGGUGAAUAAUUUACUUGUUUCAAUAUCUCUUGAUUUCUUUUUGCUGUAUAAAUAAUAGCCGAUUCCUGUAUAAUUUGUUAUCCAUCAAAGAACAAAACACCCGUUCUGAGAUUAGUCCAUAUAUUGGAAAACGAGAAAAGUGGAAAUAGUAGCUUCUUAUAGAUUUCUUUUCCUGGUGUGUUAAUCUUAGUCAUUUGUGAUCUUGUUAAACCCAAUGGCCCAGAACUGCACACCAAUGGCCCAGAACUGCACACGUACUUCAAAAGCGUGUUGGGUUGAGCAGUGGUGGUUUAUUAUUGCAUCCCUAAGAUGUGUAUUCAAAAUUUCCAGGACCCCCUUGUCACUCACCAUGGCUCCAAAAGUGAAAUGAUGCCAUCAUAUCUACUGUUGAGACUUGAGACGAUUUGGCAAUUUGUGGGAGUGAUUCUGAUUGUAAAACUUGUUUGGUGAAUUUUCUUAACUGGAUCUUCAUGUUAUUUUGCAGCUGUUGGAAUGCUUUUCUGCUCUUCUCUGCUUCUGUCUCGUGUCUCGGCCUUUUUUUGUUAUCAUCUUGGGCUGGAAAAGCCAUUCCGUCGCUGCAGACUGAUAAGGCCGCUAUUCAGCUUUUCUUCUUCUUCUUUUUUGAAUCAUGAAUGGAGGCAUUUGUAAUGUCUACUCAAGUGGUAGCUCACAGCUAACAGACUAAGAGUUUUUUUUUGUUACCAAUAAAAAGAAUCCUUCAUGAUCUUUGCUUA